AGUAUGGUUUACAACUUCACAGCCCUCUCUGGUUCCUGAAGAGAUCAGGGUUCUAUAUAUUCUUGAAUCUUCAUGAUUUCGUAUUGCUUCGAGUUUUCGAUCGCGGAUUGAGAUGAAAUUGGCGGCUCUGCUGACUUCAGCGGGAAUAAACAUCGGCGUUUGUGCUCUGCUGUUGUCUCUGUACUCGAUCUUGAGGAAGCAGCCGGGGAAUGCUAGUGUUUACUUUGGGCGGCGGCUAGCGGAGGAGAGGAGUCGACGGCUGAGUUCGUUUAUUCUGGAACGGCUGGUGCCGUCGCCGAGAUGGAUGGUGCAGGCGUGGGGGUACAAGGAGGAGGAGAUACUUGAUAUUGCUGGGUUGGAUGCGGUGGUGUUCAUUAGGAUUAUUGUGUUCAGUAUGCGCAUAUUCUCUAUUGCUGCAGUUGUUUGCGUGUUUGGUGUACUGCCUCUGAAUUAUUUUGGCCAGGAAAUGGAACAUGUUAAUAUUUCAUCUGAAUCCCUAGAAGUAUUUACCAUUGGAAACGUCCAGAGCAAGUCCAAAUGGUAA